AUGAUUGAUGUGUUUGCAACAAAUGCGACUCCUGAGUUACUGCUGCAGCUCAAUGCAUUGCUUGAGCAAGAAUUAAGAUAUCAGCCAAAGCUCUCUGGCUUGCGAAUAAUUGAAUCAGCUCAUGAUAAUGGGCUCCGGAUGACGGCAAGGUUGCGGAAUUUUGAAGUGAAAGAUCUGCUUAGUUUGAUUCAAUUCUUCGGCUUUCGCACAGAGACGUUUUCUCUUGCCGUGAAUUACUUAGAUCGUUUUUUAUCAAAAAUAAAGGUUCAGCCAAAACAUUUGGGCUGUAUUGGCUUAAGUUGCUUUUACUUGGCGGUGAAAGUCAUGGAAGAAGAGAGUAAUAUUCCAUUAGCUACGGACUUAAUCCGAAUAAGUCAGUAUCGGUUUACUGUUAGUGACCUAAUGAGAAUGGAGGAAAUUCUUUUAGAGAAGCUACAUGGGAAAGUAAAAGCAACAACUGCCUCCCAGUUUCUGCAACUUUAUUGUUUAAUUCUGUGUGACAGCAUCAACUGUGAAAGGUAA